AUGGCAAACGCGAAAGCAGCCAAGCCAAAUUUGCCCGAGUCGAAUAUUGCCAUUGGUAUCGACUUGGGAACAACGUACUCAUGUGUUGGUGUAUGGAGAAAUGAAAACGUGGACAUUAUAGCAAACGAUCAGGGAAAUAGAACAACCCCAUCGUAUGUUGCCUUUACUGAUACAGAGAGACUAAUAGGAGAUGCAGCAAAGAACCAAGUUGCUAGGAAUCCGGAAAAUACUGUAUUUGAUGCAAAGAGAUUAAUUGGAAGGAAAUUUACAGAAUCAUCUGUGCAAAGUGAUAUGAAGCAUUGGCCAUUUACAGUAAAGUCAGGUGUAGAUGAGAAACCAAUGAUUGAAGUUACAUACCAAGGGGAAAAGAAAUUAUUUCAUCCCGAAGAAAUUUCAUCAAUGGUUUUACAAAAGAUGAAAGAAAAUGCAGAAGCAUUUUUAGGUAAAUCCAUAAAGAAUGCUGUAAUUACUGUACCAGCAUAUUUUAACGAUUCUCAAAGACAAGCAACAAAAGAUGCAGGUACCAUUGCUGGAUUGAAUGUAAUGAGAAUUAUUAAUGAACCAACUGCAGCAGCAAUAGCAUAUGGUUUACAUAAAAAAGGAAAGGGGGAAAAAAAUAUUUUAAUUUUCGAUUUAGGAGGAGGUACAUUUGAUGUAUCUUUGUUAACAAUUGAAGAUGGUAUAUUCGAAGUGAAAGCAACAGCAGGAGAUACACACUUAGGUGGUGAAGAUUUUGAUAACAGACUAGUUAAUUUCUGUGUAGAAGAUUUUAAGAGAAAAAAUAGGGGUAAAGAUUUAUCAAAAAAUAGUAGAGCAUUAAGAAGGUUAAGAACACAAUGUGAAAGGGCCAAACGUACGUUGUCAUCCUCUACACAAGCUACCAUCGAAAUUGAUUCCCUUUUUGAAGGUAUAGAUUAUAGUGUAACAGUAAGUAGAGCAAGAUUUGAAGAGUUAUGUAUUGACUAUUUCAGGGAUACGUUAGUACCAGUAGAGAAAGUCUUAAAAGAUGCUAUGAUGGAUAAAAAAAGUGUACAUGAAGUUGUUUUAGUUGGUGGUUCAACACGAAUUCCUAAGAUACAAACAUUAAUCAAAGAAUUUUUUAACGGCAAAGAAGCAUGUAGAUCUAUUAACCCAGAUGAAGCUGUAGCAUAUGGUGCAGCAGUACAAGCAGCAAUAUUAUCGGGUGAUCAGUCCAAUGCUGUUCAAGAUUUAUUGUUAUUAGAUGUAUGCUCCUUAUCCUUAGGUUUAGAAACUGCUGGUGGUGUUAUGACAAAAUUGAUUGAAAGAAAUACAACUAUUCCAGCAAAAAAAAGUCAAAUCUUUACGACGUAUGCUGAUAACCAACCAGGUGUGUUAAUCCAAGUAUAUGAAGGAGAAAGAGCAUUAACAAAAGAUAAUAAUUUGUUAGGUAAAUUUCAUUUAGAUGGUAUACCACCUGCCCCUAGGAAAGUACCACAAAUUGAAGUUACGUUUGAUAUAGAUGCAAAUGGAAUUUUAAAUGUUACAGCUGUUGAGAAGAGCACGGGAAAACAAAAUCAUAUUACUAUUACCAAUGAUAAGGGUAGGUUAUCCCCUGAAGAAAUUGAUCGUAUGGUUAAUGAUGCAGAAAAAUAUAAAGCAGAGGAUGAAGAGAAUAAGAAAAGAAUUGAAGCAAGAAAUAGUCUAGAAAACUAUUGCUAUGGUGUUAAAAGCUCAUUAGAAGAUCAAAAGAUUAAGGAAAAAUUACAAGCAAAUGAAGUAGAAACAUGUAUGAAGUGUAUUUCUACAAUACUUGAAUGGUUAGAGAAAAAUCAACUAGCUGGUAAGGAUGAAUAUGAAUCAAAACAGAAAGAAGCCGAAGCAGUCUGUGCUCCAAUUAUGUCCAAAAUAUAUCAAGAUGUUGGAGGAGCUGCUGGUGCUGGUGGUAUGCCCGGCGGUAUGCCUGGAGGUAUGCCAGGAGGAAUGCCAGGAGGUAUGCCAGGUGGUAUGCCAGGUGGUAUGCCAGGUGGUAUGCCUGGAGGAAUGAAUUUCCCAGGAGGAGGAAUGCCCGGAAAUGCCCCAUCUGGAAGUGGACCCACUGUAGAAGAAGUCGAUUGA